AUGAGGAACAACACCAGCCAUGCUACUGUUCAGUCUAACUGGGGAGGUGCCAUUCUCGAAGGUUCGGGUUUUACCGCAGCUUCGGCUACUGUCAACGUCCCCAAGGGCGGCGGUGGUUCCAGCGCUGCUGGUUCUGCUUGGGUUGGCAUUGAUGGCGCCACCUGUGACAGCGCCAUUCUGCAGACGGGUUUCGACUGGUAUGGCGAUGGUACAUAUGAUGCAUGGUACGAAUGGUACCCUGAAUUUGCCGCCGAUUUCACCGGCAUCGAUAUCAACCAAGGCGACCAGAUUGCCAUGUCCGUUGUGGCUACCUCUCUGACCGGCGGCUCUGCUACUCUUCAAAACUUGUCCACUGGCCAGAAAGUGACUCAAACAUUUAGCCGCGUCACUGCAGGUUCUCUUUGCGAAACUAGUGCUGAGUUCAUCAUUGAGGAUUUUGAAGAGUGCAAUUCGAAUGGCAGCAACUGCCAGCCAGUUCCAUUUGCUUCUUUCAGUCCCGCCAUUCAGUUCACCUCUGCUUCAGCUACGCGAAGCGGGCAGAAAGUCUCGCUCAGCGGUGCUGUUAUGAGCGAGGUUAUUGUUAAUAACAAGGAUUUGACCAAAUGCUCCGUCUCUGGCAGCACUCUCACUUGCUCUUAUGUCUAA